CGGUCAUACUACGCCACCGAAGACGAGCCCAUCAUCACACAUGCUCUGCUCUCUCUCUCUCUCUCUUUCCACCACAAGUCCCACUAGUCCCCUUGAUUAUUGUCGACGUCUGUUCUCCACCCACACACGCUCUUCUACUCUAGUUGCUCGUUUCUACACACCCACCCACACUUGGGACACACAACCACACCCACACACACACACACACACACACACACACUCCAUCUCCCUCUACAAGCGUGAACGAGAUGGAGGAGGGAAGCCCUGUUCGGGACCCAACGUGGCCCCGUCUCUCUCGACCCUGGUCCACCCCCACUACACCCUCACUAAUCCUCCUCCUCCUCGUCGUCUUCUGUCUACUUCCCACCCCCAGUUAUCCAAAUGCGGAUCGUUGACGAACGAUGCCAUACAAUAAUAACAAUUGUCCCUGUACGAUGACUGCUGUUGGCUCCGAUGAUUGUUACCCCUUCCCACAUCCCCGCCAACCCUCCAAUUCACCACUUGCCGGCAGUGCGGAUGAGAGCACCCCCGUCCCA